UCUUCUGGACUCGACCCAGUCCUAAGACACAGAUCUUCAGUGGAUAAAGAACACACUGUUUGGACUGCAGCAAUGACUGAGUUGACUACUGAUGGCUUAGGUCACUGUCUGACUUGCAAUAGUUUCAAUGUGUUCUGAUGAUUGGUUGUUAGAAUGAAAAUAAGGCCCUUUGAUAACAACUCAGAAAUUAAAACUGGUGACAUACACCUGGGAGAUAACUGUCCUGUAACAAGACUGUUGCCAUUUAACUAUGAGUUUUCUUAUCCUGUCACUUCUUGUGGGAUCAAGAAAAUUAUGUUCCAAAGAAAUGAUGUUGCUAUAUUAUCAGAGAUCAGUUACAGACCAGUGCUGCAUACUACCUAUAAAUUUCCAGUGGUUUGCUUUGUAAAGAGGCUUAAGUUCCCAUCUGUGAUGCAUUUUGGAAUGAGUGGAUUUGAUGUCAACACCUUGAAAGAUAUCACUCAAAACACAGAAGAACAAGAGUCAUCAGCUCCCACACAAAGUAAAACAUGUGAACCUAAUUUUAGCAGUGUUAAUUAGGAGCAACUAUCCACGAGUCACUGCAUCAAUAAUGCCUAUGUUAUAACAUCCUAUCCUCCCUAAGGCACGGGAGCAAGUAGUACAUACUUGUCUGAGAACCAGUUCCAUUAAUACUAUGGUUGUAUCUGUCCAAAGAUAAGUAGCAGUAUGUUACCGGUUUCA